AGGUUGGUUAUGGAGGUGAAGUCAGGCGCUCCUGGGCCCGGAUCCGCUAUCUCCGAACAAACGCGUAAAUCCCGCAAAAGGAGAAACAGGAGGAGGGGCAGGAGACGGAGGGGUAAAAAAUCCAACGAGCCGCCGCCGUUUUUACCCCCGGAGGCAGAGGAAGGAAACAUUGAAUAUAAGUUAAAGCUGGUGAACCCGACACAGUACCGAUUUGAGCACCUAGCCACGCAGCUAAAGUGGCGUCUGCAGGAGGGCCGAGGUGAGGCCGUCUAUCAGAUCGGUGUAGAAGACAAUGGACUGCUGGUUGGACUCAGCGACAAUGACAUGAAGGCCUCAUUAAAGACACUACGCAGAAUGGCUGAGAAGGUCGGAGCUGACAUCACACUCCUGAGAGAGAGGGAGGUGGACUAUGAAUCGGACAAACCAAGAAAAAUCGCAGAAGUUCUUGUGAGAAAAGUUCCAGAUAACCAGCAGUUUCUGGACCUGCGCGUGGCUGUGCUGGGAAACGUGGACUCAGGAAAGUCCACUCUUCUAGGUGUCCUGACGCAGGGCGAGCUGGAUAACGGACGAGGCCGCGCCCGGCUCAAUCUGUUCCGACACCUGCACGAAAUCCAGACGGGCCGCACAUCAAGCAUCAGCUUCGAGAUUCUUGGUUUUAACAGUAAAGGAGAGGUGGUAAAUUACAGUGAGUCUCGUACAGCUGAGGAGAUCUGUGAGAGUUCGUCCAAGAUGAUCACCUUUAUUGACCUUGCCGGCCAUCAUAAGUAUUUAAAGACCACCAUCUUUGGCUUAACCAGCUACUGCCCUGAUUUUGCCAUGCUUGUGGUGGGUGCCAACACAGGUGUCGCGGGCACUACACGGGAACACUUGGGCCUGGCUCUGGCACUGAAGGUGCCCGUGUUUGUGGUGGUCAGCAAAGUGGAUGUGUGUGUGGGUGGUGCUGUACAGAAGACUGUACGCCAAUUGGAGCGGCUUUUGAUGCUGCCUGGGUGCAACAAGGUGCCCAUGCUGAUUGCUAACCGGGACGACGCAGUCACCGCCGCCCAGCGCUUUGCCCAGUCCUCCAGCAUCACUCCGAUUUUCACCCUGUCGAGCGUAUCAGGAGAGAACUUGGAACUGCUGAAGAUUUUCUUUAAUAUUCUGCCUCCACUCAGCAACAGCAAGGAGCAAGAGGAGCUCAUGCAGCAACUCACAGAGUUUCAGGUUGAUGAGAUCUACAGCGUACCUGAUGUGGGAACAGUGGUCGGAGGAACUCUAUACAGCGGUGUGUGUCGUGAAGGAGAUCGAUUAGUAGUGGGACCUACAGAUGAUGGGAAGUUCCUGAGGUUGAAGGUUUGCAGUAUGCAGAGAAAUCGAUCAGCCUGCAGGGUGCUACGAGCGGGUCAGGCAGCUACUCUCGCACUAGGCAACUUUGAUCGUUCACUACUACGCAAGGGAAUGGUGAUGGUAAGUCCGAAGAUGAACCCCACCAUCUGCUGGCAGUUUGAAGCAGCCAUAGUCCUGCUGUUUCAUGCUAAAACGUUCAGACGCGGCUUCCAGGUUACGGUGCACGUAGGAAACGUUCGGCAGACAGCCACAGUGGAGUGUUUACUUGGAAAGGAGGAGUUGCGUACUGGUGAGAGGGCUGUAGUGUGUUUCAGAUUCCUGAAACAUCCAGAGUACCUGCGAGUCGGGGCUAAGCUGCUGUUUCGAGAGGGGGUGACCAAGGGCAUUGGUCAUGUGACCCACCUUGUACCUUCUGUCCUUAAUAAUGGCCCUGACCAGAACCACAAACUUCACCAGAGCCAAAACAAUUAGAGGAGAACUAAACAAAAGAGAUUGUGAGGGUGUUUCUUGCUGUAGUUUGCUGUCCACAGUGGCAAAUUAACAGCUUCUGUUCCUACAUAAUUGUGAGGUGUGGGGUGAUGUUGAAGUAUUGACAUGCUCAGAGGUAUUUCAUUACUUUAUAUGUGUCUGAUUUAUCUCACCUCUGACAGAGGGUUGUGUUGGGUGUUAUGGGUAAAAGAAAAAAACCCUUACUACAGUAAUGACAUGUGAAUAUGGCCUUGAAAUCACAUCGCAGUGUCACAUCAAAGUUGCACAAUGCUGUGUAUGAUAAUGCAGUUUCUUUAUGGUUAUGCACAUUAGACAGUAUAGUUAGAUAUAUUAUGGAUAUUAAUAUUUAUUACACAUAUUAACAUUUUUUUCUGCAGCAGCGAGAGAUUAGCAGGUCUAAUAAAACUGGCUGAUGAAGUUACCAAGUUUAAUAGUCCACGACCAACAACUUUUAUUUGCACAGUUGCCAAAUAUUACCAGAUGGUUUCAUAGGAUAGAUUUUUUUUGCUUUAUAAAUAAAAAAUUAAAUUAUUUGAUCAUUUCCAACAACGUUUAAUGAUGUGUGUAACUAAAUUACAAGCUAAACUGCUUGUAAAUGCUGUAGGCUCUUAGCAUGGAUAUUAUAAAGAAGCAUAAAUAAAACCUAACAUGAAUUGUUCUAAACUAUAAAUUUUUUGAUUGCCUUAUCUGAUGCAACACUCCACAUUUUAUCCGAGCUUGGGACUGGCACUGAGAGUGCACCAACAAGUGCGACUCUAAAUAGCUGGCCCCUGAGAUAUAGCCAGUCAUGUCUGUGUAGACACCUGGCUGUUGGAUAGCACAGCUUGAAAUUCAAAGCCAGGAUCUUAGUGGUAGUGUACUUUACCACUUUGCCACCUGAGCAUCCAUGUUCUAAACUACAAUACACUUAAAAUAAAAGUAAAAUAAAUUAACUAGCUUCAUUAAAAAAAAUAACUGAAGGAAUAAAAACUAGGGUGUGGGCAGACUUAAAUACAUUAAAUGUUUGUGGCGAAUUAAAAUGUUAACAGGUUUAGAAGGAAAGAUUUUUUUUGGAUAAAAUAUGGUGUUUGUUGAGGGCAUCUCUGCUUUGUGAACCUGUAAACCCUUGCUAAUUCUCUAGUUCAUGUUUUGCACUGCUUAAAACAUUUAAUAUUCAUGUGUGUACAAUAUUAUUCAUCGUCAUCUUGCACAGCAUUAGGACGGUAAACUGCAUGCUGUGCUUAUUCCAGCUAUAAAAUAUAUAUAAAAACGCUGCUGCAUCUUGUGAAAGCUUCAGAUUUAACAGAAGCGUUCAGUUUGCACUGUACUGUACUCACAUGCACCUUACAAGAAAUAA